AUGGCUGACGGAGCCCCCAUACUUCCAAGGAUAUACAAUAUAUAUUACGAUUGUUUUGAGUUGAAUGACGCAGAUGAUGUGCGACAGUCAAGAUUAAUAUUACAUUAAAAUUCUGUGUAUUCAAAAUUGGUCCCUUUUUCCAAAUCGGCGGCGAUUAGAAACUAAAAAGAUAAAUCUGCAGACAUAUAUACAUGCGCCCGGCUGCCAUGGAUCAAUUUAUAAAUACUGCUUCACUACCACUGCCUCCCCCACUCACCAUCUCACCUCAACACAAUUAACUCCAGACAAAUUAUAACAUCAAAGGCGAUUCACCGAUAGAUCGAGAUGGGCGUCACCAGCGUUACCAACGAGUUUGCUUCUUCAGUGGCAGCAGCAAGGCUGUUCAAAGCCUCGAUCCUCGAUGCACAGAACCUCGUCCCCAAGCUCGUCCCAAACUGUAGCGUUGAAAUCCUCCACGGAGACGGAGGCCCCGGAACUACCAUCAAAAUCAACAACCCUGAUGGGACGUACGUGAAACCAAGGUUCGAUGCGCUAGACAAGGACAAUAACUCAUGCAAGUACACCUGGAUUGAAGGAGAACCAUUGAAGGACAACAUUGAGGCAAUUUCUUUCGAGGUGAAGGUGGAGGACUGCAGCCAGGGGGGAGGCAGCGUGGUGAAGACCAAGAUUGAGUUCCACACGACAGGGGAAGCAGGCCCAAAAGAAGAGGAGGUCAAAGCCAACACCGAAAAGCUCGUGAUGAUCUACAAGCUUAUUGAAACUUACCUUGCGGAAAACCCUGCUGCUUACGCCUAAACCUACCUAGGCCAGAAGUGUUUUAAUUUUAGGUCGUCUUCGAUUUUGUCUCACCCAUUUCGUACUGCAUCCAUGCCUUCGGGCCUUUUGGUGUUUGAUAUAUAAUGAGGGUCGUAGGUUGAAGACUAUGGGAUGGCCUAGCGUUGUAACGGUAGUGCCCAACUAUAAUGUGUCCACAUCACGGGUUGCCUCAAGUCAAAAUCAUGAUAUAAUGUAUGAGGAUGCUAUAAGGACAAUUUGGUGGAAACUAUCAUAUCAUUCCAUUUAAAUAUAGAAGUUUUUGUAAAAUUUAUUUUAAUUUUUAUUUAGAUAUUAUUUGAAAGUAUGAAUUCUAAAUUUUCAAUUUAAA